CGACUACAGCACGCGACCAGCGGAAGCUCGCCGGCUGCCAUGUCAGGCUUUAGCCAACUCCUACUUUUCCCUUUGCUGAGCGCGUACAGCUGAUUAGUUGGCAGCUGCUUGGUGAUUAGCGGCUCUCCCGCCUCCAGCGCUUCACAUUCGGACCGUUCCUGCUCCAGACCGGUUCGGGACACACACACACACACACACACACACAUGUGAACACACACCGUGAUGAAGACCUGGCCGAGUGAAAAGCGUCUGUUGGCUUUCCAGGAGAGUCGUGUGGGUUUGCUGUGCGAGUCGUGGAGCUCAGCGGCGCACUGAGAGAAGCAGCAAGUCUUCACCCAGUCUUCCUCUAUGAAGUACAGAGCGCCAGACACAGAGCAACAUGAGAAAACCCAAAAUCAACCGCAUGGUGCUCGCUAUGUGCCUGGGGUCCUUCGUUAUGCUCAUAUUUUAUUUUCAGAGUCACUUGAAAGUAGCACAGGACGGUGGGCAGGCCAGAGGACCCAGGAAGUCUGUGAGGAGUCCACUCCAAGCCCUUUAUACUACUGACCCUACAGAAUUGUCUCCUCUUCAGCUGAUGCAUCAAAGUCGGCGUGACCUCCUGGAGGAUGUGUGUCAGUCUUACACUCACAAACGUCGUGUCCUGAUCCCAGAGGACCUCAAGCACCUGAUCGUGGAUGAUCGCCAUGGCCUGCUUUACUGCUACGUGCCCAAAGUCGCUUGCACAAAUUGGAAGCGCGUCCUGAUGGUCCUGACAGGUGAUUCGCAAAGAGACCCCCUUCAGAUUCCCGCCAAUGAGGCACAUGUCCCAGGCACCCUGCGCACUCUGUCCGAGUACUCUAUCUCCGAAAUCAACCAGCGUCUGCGCACCUACCUAAAGUUUGUGUUUGUGCGUGAACCCUUCGAGCGGCUUGUGUCAGCGUACCGCAAUAAGUUCACGCGCAGCUACAACACAGCCUUUCACAAGCGCUACGGCACCAAGAUAAUCCAGCGGCACCGUGCUGAGGCAAGUCCCGAGGCGCUGGAGCGUGGAGAUGACGUCUCAUUCUCUGAGUUUGUGCGCUACCUGGUGGACCCUGGCACGCAGCGAGAAGAGCCUUUCAACGAGCACUGGGAGCGCGUGCACUCUCUCUGUCACCCCUGCCUCAUACACUACAACAUUCUAGGCAAGUACGAGACGCUGCAGCAGGACUCCAGCUACGUGCUCAAACUGGCCGGUGUAGACGGCGAGGUCACGUUUCCUAGCUCGGCCAAAAGUACACGCACCACGGCAGACAUGGUUGCCAGCUACUUUAAGGAUAUCAGCUCAGCCUAUCAGAAGAAGCUGUACAACCUGUACAAGAUGGACUUUCUGCUUUUUAAUUAUUCCAUGCCUGCCUACCUGAAGUUCACAUAAGGCCUGGUGCCUUUUACUAAUAUUUAGAGACAAAAAAAUAGAGUUUUAUUUUUGUUCGCACAAGUUCAUCUGUGAGUACUGAAACUGUUUCAGUGGUUAUUGUAUGGUAAUUUUAUCGCUGAAUGCAGUGGAACUGCAGUUAUCAAUUUGCACAAAGAACAUCUCAAUUCAAAUGAUCUGGAAGUUCUUGUUCUCUCAGUCUGAGGUUUCAUCUUUGCUUAUCUGUUCAGCAUUUUUUCUGGCUUUUAAUUUAACUAAGGUUGACUUGAGAGAACACAUUACAGCGCUGCCCUUUGAGUUGCAGAUAAAAAGGGGUAUAUGUUGGGCAUUUAUCAAGCCCAACAUAAUCAGAGAAGACCAUGCUCUUUUCCUUCUUAUUACCUAGUGAAUACUGACUUUGCCUUCCCAGGUGUCUGUCCUCUGUGGAGAAGAGUUAAGAACUUGAUGGAAACAUAUCAGUUGAGAUGGAAGUGAUGCCUGCUUUCUUCAACAUGUUACCGAUAUUAGCCAUCAUGGACAAAGUGUACUGCUUUCUGCUUGUGCCUUGAGGAUGAGGACUGUAAGGAAUCAGAAAUUGUGAGGGAAAACGGUCACUGUUUGACAGAACGGUAUUAGAAACAUAUCAUAUUCACUAUGAUACCACGCAUGAAAGUUACAGUUAUUUAUUAUGGCAUUUAAAGUUGGAGAAUCUCUUCACUGCACAUAGUUUAGACUCAACAUUCAACAGCUCUGUUAUUACAGAUAAACUCAAAUAAAGCAGAAAAUCUGACCUCA